GGGGCGGGGGUCGCCGCUCUCCUCACGCUGCCACCGGGGGUUGUCCGGGAGCUGAGCCGGGACGUACCGGCCGGACCUCUGCGCCGCAGCGCUCCGGGGACCCGCCGACCCCGGGGUGCCCACGCCCGCACAGUCCACUCAGCCCGCGAAGGUUGGCUCCGAAUUCGGGGCUGUCUGCCGCCACCUCCGCGGGGUGACCGGGUUGCUAGUCUUUGGGCUGCCCAUUCUUCCUCAGCUUCCUUCCGCCGGGCGGGCUGUGCAGGUGGUGGGUGGAAGGACCCGGAGUGCGCGCGCAGCCGGGGGUGUGCGCUGGCACUUGGGGGAGCUGAGUCCCUGCGGCUCCACGGGCAUCCCUUCCCUCGCUAGUCCCAGCCCUGAGGUCAGGUUCCUUCUGCAGCUCAGGCACUGCGCGCUAUCUUUGUCCCCAGGCCGUCCCCCUCGCCUACUCUACCUCCCACGCCCACAUUCCUCAGUAAUUCCUAGACGCUUCGGGAGGGCUGCGUCCUGGUUACACUUGCCCUGCAAGGGAGGCUAGCCUUUUUCACAAAAACGGAACUUGUUUCAAUGAGAAAGCGUCAAAGUCUUUGUACUUACUUAAGGACACCUCCCCCAGCAUAUCGCCCAACUCUAGUUUGCUACUACUUUAUGUGUGACUAUAAUCUUCAUAAUCUACAGUCCCAACCAAUCUUUCAUUUAAUUUUAGUGUUAAAUAGUCCUGCAGCCUAUAAAUGAGAAAGGAAAAAAAGUCAUAUGAUAGAGAAUGUUGAAAUAAGUCAAAUGGUUUUUUUUUGUUGUUGUUGUUGUUUACUUAAAAUAGCAAGAAAUUUUCUGUUUGGGACCAUAUUUGGCGCAUGGGCUAAAGGAUAAUAGUUUUGGUCAUUCAGUGACCAACUGUUUUUUGAAAGUACAGUGUAGGUGGAUUAUUUAUUUAUUAUCUAUCUUUUGGGAUCCAACCAAGAACAUCCAUAGUCCUUAGGCAUACAGGGUCAAAGAAUGAAUUUGUGUGCAUUUUUAUAAUUGAGGUGAUUAUGCACAGUGCUUGUGCACCUGUAUAAUGUUAACUUCUCAAAUUGGUAGUGACUGUAAAAUUGUUGCUCAAGAAAAUGUACCAACCUUUAAAUUAAGAACUGAAAAGUUAGGAGACUGGGGGUGUAUCUUACUGGUAGAGCACCUGCCCAGCAUGAGCAAAUCUCUGAAUUUGCCCUCCAGCAUUGAAAAAGAAAAGAAGUCAAACAAAAGCCCCCCUGGGAACUUCUGGUACCAAAAGUAUAUUUUCCCAAUCAUGGUUUUAACGACUCGAUUACUAUUGUUAGAAUUUGUGAAGUAUUGUAUGUUAGUGUUGAACAGAAAUUGAUGUCUUGGUUUUUGGGGUUGUUUGUUGGUUUUUUGUUUUUGACCAGGAAAGCUAAGGUGCCCAGGAAACCUGUACUGAAAAAAGGAUCUCAGACAAACCUUAAAGAUCCAGUUGGGGUGUACUGUAGGGUGCGCCCACUGAGUUUUCCUGAUCAAGAAUGCUGUGUAGAAGUGGUCAAUAAUACAACUGUGCAGCUCCAUACUCCUGAGGGUUAUCGACUCAACAGAAAUGGAGACUAUAAGGAGACUCAGUAUUCAUUCAAGCGGGUAUUUGGCACUCAUACCACUCAGAAGGAACUUUUUGAUGUUGUGGCUAGUCCAUUGGUAGAUGACCUCAUUCAUGGCAAGAAUGGUCUUUUGUUUACAUAUGGUGUUACUGGAAGUGGAAAAACUCAUACAAUGACAGGUUCUCCAGGGUACGGAGGCCUGCUUCCUCGCUGUUUGAACAUGAUCUUUAACAGCAUAGGGUCGUUUCAAGCAAAACGUUACGUUUUUAAAUCUAAUGAUCGGAACAGCAUGGAAAUACAGUGUGAAGUUGAUGCCUUAUUAGAACGACAGAAAAGAGAAGCCAUGCCCGUUCCAAAGACCCCCUCUAGCAAGCGACAGGCAGAUCCAGAGUUUGCAGAUAUGAUAAAUGUACAAGAAUUCUGCAAAGCAGAAGAUGUUGAUGAAGACAGUGUCUAUGGUGUAUUUGUCUCUUACAUUGAAAUCUAUAAUAAUUACAUAUAUGAUCUAUUGGAAGAGGUGCAGUUUGAUCCCAUAAAGCCCAAGUGGAACGGCUGCAGUACACCUAUGAGGAACCCAGAGUCUGUACUCCCGCAAUCCAAAAUACUCCGAGAAGAUAAGAACCACAAUAUGUAUGUUGCAGGAUGUACAGAAGUAGAAGUGAAAUCUACAGAAGAGGCUUUUGAAGUUUUUUGGAGAGGUCAGAAAAAGAGACGUAUUGCUAACACCCAUUUGAACAGAGAAUCUAGCCGUUCACAUAGCGUGUUCAGCAUUAAACUCGUCCAGGCUCCCCUGGAUGCCGAUGGAGACAAUGUCUUACAGGAAAAAGAACAAAUUACCUUAAGCCAGUUGUCUCUGGUAGAUCUUGCUGGAAGUGAAAGAACCAACCGGACUAAAGCAGAAGGGAACAGGUUACGUGAAGCUGGUAACAUUAAUCAGUCACUAAUGACGCUAAGAACAUGCAUGGAAGUCCUGAGAGAGAACCAGACAUAUGGAACUAACAAGAUGGUUCCAUAUCGAGAUUCAAAGCUAACUCAUCUGUUCAAGAACUACUUCGAUGGGGAAGGGAAGGUGCGGAUGAUCGUGUGUGUGAAUCCAAAGGCUGAAGACUAUGAAGAAAGCUUGCAAGUCAUGAGAUUUGCUGAAGUAACCCAAGAAGUUGAAGUAGCGAGACCAGUAGACAAGGUGAUAUGUGGCUUGACACCAGGGAGACGAUACAGAAACCUGCCUCGGGGCGGCCCAGUUGGAGAUGAACCUUUGGUGACUGAGAUGACUCUACAGAGCUUCCCACCACUGCCUCCAUGGAGACUUCUGGAUAUCAACGAUGAGGAGACCCUUCCAAAGCUGAUUGAAACGUUGGAGAAACGGCAUCACCUACGCCAACUAAUGACUGAGGAGCUUAACAAACAAUGUAUGACUUUCAAAGCCUUAUUAAAAGAAUUUGACAAUUCUCUUUCAAAUAAAGAAAACUACACUCAGGAAAAACUAAAUGAAAAAGAAAAAUUGAUUUCAGGACAGAAAUCAGAAAUAGAACGACUGGAGAAGAAAAACAAAACUCUGGAGUAUAAGAUUGAGAUUUUGGAGAAAACAACCACGAUCUAUGAAGAAGAUAAGCGCAAUCUGCAGCAGGAGCUUGAGAGCCAGAAUCAGAAGCUUCAGCGGCAGCUUUCUGACAAGCGCAGAUUAGAAGCCAGGUUGCAAGGCAUGGUGACAGAAACGACGAUGAAAUGGCAGAAGGAGUGUGAUCGUCGGGUAGCAGCCACCCAGCUGGAGAUGCAGAAUAAACUCUGGGUCAAAGAUGAAAAGCUCAAACAGCUGAAGGCCAUUGUGACUGAACCUAAACCUGAGAAGCCAGAGAGACCCUCCCGGGAGCGGGACCGGGAGAAAAUCAUUCAGAGAUCCGUCUCUCCUUCGCCUGUGCCUCUUUCUAGUAACAAUAUUGCUCAGAUUUCCAACGGCCAGCAACUCAUGAGCCAGCCACAGCUACACAGGCGCUCUAACUCUUGCAGCAGCAUUUCUGUAGCUUCCUGUAUUUCGGAGUGGGAGCAGAAACUGUCUCCGUUCAGCACACCUGUCCAUGUCACCUCUCUUGCAAGGCAUAGGCAGCAGGAGCCAGGACAAAGUAAAACGUGUAUCGUGUCAGACAGAAGGCGGGGCAUGUACUGGACGGAAGGCAGGGAGAUGGUCCCUACAUUCAGCAGUGAGAUAGGCCUAGAAGACGACCGUUGCCGCAGGAACACACCAAUUCCUGUACGACACAGAAGGUCCCGCUCUGCAGGGAGCAGAUGGGUAGAUCAUAAGCCUGCCUCUAAUGUGCAAACUGAGACAGUCAUGCAGCCACAUGUCCCUCACGCCAUCACAGUGUCUGUUGCAAAUGAAAAGGCACUAGCUAAGUGUGAGAAGUACAUGCUGACCCACCAGGAACUAGCCUCCGAUGGGGAGAUUCAGACUAAAGUAAUUAAGGGUGAUGUUUUUAAGACCAGAGGUGGUGGACAAUCUGUUCAGUUUACUGAUAUAGAGACUUUAAAACAAGAGUCGCCGACUGGUAGUCGAAAACGAAGAUCGUCCACAGUAGCACCUGCCCAACCAGAUGGUACAGAGUCUGAAUGGACCGAUGUAGAAACAAGGUGUUCCGUUGCUGUUGAGAUGAGAGCAGGAUCUCAGCUGGGCCCCGGAUAUCAGCACCAUGCACAACCCAAGCGCAAGAAGCCUUGACUUGACAGCUCUGGUAGCAGAAGAAUGUUUCUGGUUGAGUUGGUGAUUUCUCCAAAGCUGUGCCAGACACCGUGUCUGAGUCAUCCUGCAGAAGAAUGUAUCUAGAUCACAUCGUAUUUUUUAUUGUGACUUUUCCAACUGUUCUGAAUAUUUUCUAAGGUUUUAUAAAAAAAAAAACAAAAAACAAAAUGCUGCUAUUGAUUAGCUGCAAAAAAAUGCACUUUAGACAUAUUUAACAAUUAAGACUUUCAAAAUAAAGAUGGUGACUGGCCAAUGGUAAAGCCAUUUUAGGAAGGUGUUUAGAAUUCUGUAUGUAUAUAUUCACUUUCUGCUUUUAUAUAUGCCAAAAGAAUUGAAAUAAAAAGCACUAAGAAGCA